AUGUCGCCUGCGACGCGCAACCUUCCGUUUCUAUUUGGCCGCCAAGAACAACCGAGUCGUCGGGCAGCUGCGAGCCCAGCAGGAGUUGCACCCACCGUGACUGCAGCCCCCAAAGACACAGACGCAGACGCAGGCGCAGGCGCAGGUGCAUCACCACUGACGCUUUCGUCCCAAGAUUUGGCCAACAUCCACAACAUCGAUAUCACUCCCCAUCAUACUCACUCUCGCCCUGCGCGCAGAUCUCUCGACCUCGCUCUUCAAACUUCUGCCAGAACCAGCAUCGAAUCCACCCGCUCCGAUUUACUUCAAGAUCCUCUUCCGCUGACCUUUGGCCCAACCAUGGCGGCAGCACCGGGGGGCUAUUCGAUUAACGUGAACGACCCAACCCUCAUUUCUCUGGUCAACAAACUACAAGAUGUCUUCACAACUGUUGGGGUCCAAAAUCCCAUUGAUCUACCUCAGAUUGUCGUUGUGGGUUCGCAAUCCAGCGGCAAAAGCUCAGUACUCGAGAACAUAGUGGGAAGAGACUUUCUUCCUCGAGGUUCCGGAAUCGUGACUCGUCGACCUCUCGUCCUACAAUUGAUCAACAGACCAGCCCCGGCCAAACUUCAGACCAAUGGCGUCACCGAGGAGGACAUGAAGAAGACUACCGACAGUCAAGCCAACGUGGACGAGUGGGGAGAGUUUCUCCAUCUACCCGGUCAGAAGUUUCAUGAUUUUAACAAGAUCCGGGAUGAGAUUGUCAAGGAGACAGAGGCAAAGGCAGGCCGAAAUGUUGGCAUUUCACCACAGCCCAUCAACUUGCGGAUAUACUCGCCUAACGUACUCACUCUCACAUUGGUCGACUUGCCUGGCCUGACAAAGGUGCCCGUAGGGGAUCAACCAAGAGAUAUCGAGAAGCAGAUCAAGGAGAUGGUGCUCAAGCAAAUACAAAAGCCCAACGCCAUCAUUUUAGCAGUUACGGCAGCAAACGUUGAUUUGGCAAAUUCGGACGGUCUUAAACUUGCUCGAGAAGUCGACCCUGAAGGUCAGAGAACGAUCGGUGUUCUAACCAAGAUUGAUCUCAUGGACUCUGGUACCGACGUGGUCGAUAUUCUUGCUGGUCGAAUCAUUCCACUGAGGCUGGGCUAUGUCCCUGUCGUCAACCGCGGCCAACGCGACAUUGAGAACAAGAAGCGGAUAGAUUUGGCCUUGAAAGCGGAAAAGGAGUUUUUUGAGAACCAUCCAUCUUACCGGAACAAGGCUUCAUACUGUGGCACUCCGUAUCUGGCCAGAAAGCUGAACCUCAUCCUCAUGAUGCAUAUCAAGCAGACACUACCGGACAUCAAGACCCGCAUCGCGACCUCGCUGCAGAAAUACAGCCAGGAAUUGGAGCAACUGGGUGCUGGCGACUUGCUUGGGAACAACAGCUCAAACAUCAUUCUCAACAUCAUUACCGAAUUUGCCAACGAAUACCGAACAGUUCUAGACGGAAACAGUGCCGAACUGUCAAGCAACGAACUUUCAGGAGGUGCGAGAAUAUCGUUUGUUUAUCACGAGCUGUACUCGAAUGGGAUAAAGGCCAUCGAUCCGUUCGACCAGGUCAAGGAUAUUGAUAUUCGAACUAUUCUUUACAAUUCGUCUGGAUCAUCCCCGGCUCUGUUCGUUGGCACCACUGCUUUUGAGCUCAUUGUGAAGCAACAAAUUCGACGGCUUGAGGAACCGUCUCUGAAAUGUGUCUCCUUGGUGUAUGACGAGCUGGUCCGUAUCCUCAGUCAACUACUGCAGAAGCAAUUAUUCCGAAGAUAUCCUCAACUCAAAGAGAAAUUCCACGGCGUCGUCAUCUCCUUUUUCCGGAAAUCCAUGGAGCCAACAAACAAGUUGGUGAGAGACUUGGUUGCAAUGGAAGCUUGCUACAUCAACACCGGCCAUCCCGACUUUCUCAACGGCCAUCGUGCGAUGGCCAUCGUGAAUGACAGACACAAUGCCAACAAGCCGACACAAGUCGACCCCAAAACAGGCAAACCCCUGCCGCCACAGGUGCCACCUCGGGCAGCGUCACCCAGCUUGCCUACUGAUGGCUCGGAUCAAAACUCAGGUUUCUUUGGGUCAUUCUUCGCCAGUAAGAAUAAGAAGAAGAUGGCAGCCAUGGAACCACCUCCGGCCACGCUCAAAGCCAGUGGAACAUUAUCCGAGCGGGAGAAUCAAGAAGUGGAGGUCAUCAAGUUGUUGAUCAACAGUUAUUUUAAUAUCGUUCGAAGGACGAUGAUCGACAUGGUGCCGAAAGCAAUCAUGCUUACACUCGUCCAGUUCACCAAAGACGAAAUGCAACGUGAAUUGCUUGAGCAACUCUACAGAGCGCAGGAACUCGACGACCUCCUCAAGGAGAGCGAUUACACCAUCAGACGACGCAAGGAGUGUCUACAAAUGGUGGAAAGUCUGAGCAAAGCCAGCGAAAUUGUCAGCCAAGUGCAGUAG